UAAACUUCCAAAUCCAAGUCCACAAAGACCCAACACCUCGCCACCCAUCCCUCAACAUUUCUCCUGCAGACUUCAGCUCAAUCAAAACACCAUUGUUUUCCAUGGCAGCAGCUUGCUUGAUCGACGCAACCCGCUCCACAACAUGCAGAGACACGCAAGCUGCAACCCACCUAAAACUAAUCUCCAUCUUAAUAAUCUUCUUUACAAGCAUAAUUGGCAUCUCUUCUCCCGUUCUCUUAGCUCGCUAUUUCCACGGAAAAGCCCUCUAUGACAAGGCAACUCUGAUAAUCAAGUGCUUCGCGGCAGGUGUGAUCCUCUCAACUUCAUUAGUUCACGUACUCCCCGACGCUUACGAUGCACUAUCUGAUUGCCACGUAGCAUCAAAACAUCCAUGGAAAGAUUUUCCUUUCGCUGGUUUUGUUACUUUGAUUGGGGUCUUAUUGGCUCUGUUAGUUGAUUUAGCUGCAAGUGCACGCUUGGACCAACAUGGGCACGGGCACGGGCACGGGCACGUGCACGGGCAAGGGCAAGGGCAAGGGCAUGGAAACGGGCAGUACACGGUUGUUGGGAUACAGGAGGAAAUGGUGGGAAAGAAAGAGAGUGACAAGUCGGUUAAGGUGGAGAUCAUGGGAGAAGUGGAUUUGGUGAAGGUAAAGCAGAGGCUGGUGUCUCAGGUAUUGGAGAUUGGGAUUAUUUUUCAUUCGGUGAUAAUUGGGGUUACUAUGGGUAUGUCACAAAAUAAGUGUACUAUAAGACCACUUGUUACUGCUCUUGCUUUUCAUCAGAUUUUUGAAGGGAUGGGUCUUGGUGGCUGCAUUGCUCAGGCAGGGUUUAGCUUUGGAACAGUGGCCUACAUGUGUUUUAUGUUUGCAGUGACUACGCCGAUGGGGAUAGUGUUAGGGAUGAUCAUAUUUUCAAUGACUGGUUAUGACGACAGUAACCCCAAUGCCUUGAUUAUGGAAGGAUUACUGGGGUCAUUAUCUUCAGGUAUACUUGUAUACAUGGGUCUUGUUGAUCUGAUAGCUGCUGAUUUUUUCCAUAACAAGCUGAUGAGUUCUGCUCCAUCGUUGAAGAAGGCAUCGUAUAUCGCACUAGCUCUUGGCUCUACUUCAAUGUCAAUCCUUGCUCUUUGGGCUUAAAAAUUCUUUUUGUGCUUUUGUUUAUAAAGGCCAGACAUUAGAGUUAUGGUAAGGGAGUAUGUACGUAGUUCAAAAACAUUCAAAUCGUUUUCAACGAGAGAGAUUCAUGCCUGCUGUAUAAUUUCGCUAGCAUGUAACUAUGAAGGUGUAUAAUUCUGAAAAUGUGGUGUCCUGUGGCCAUGUGGUAUCAAAAAAUGGAGCUGGGCUAGUUACUUGACAUUUUCUUUCA